UUCAUGGAGAACAGAAACAAUGUGACAGAGUUUGUCCUACUGGGGCUUACGGAGAAUCCAGAAAUGCAGAAAAUCUUAUUUGUUGUGUUUCUUGUCAUCUACAUUACCACUGUGGUAGGAAGCAUAGUCAUUGUGGUCACCAUUAUUACCAGCCCAUUGUUGGGAUACCCCAUGUAUUUUUUCCUGGCCUAUCUCUCCUUUAUAGAUGCCAGCUACUCCUCUGUCAAUACACCAAAGCUGAUCAUAGAUUCACUCCAUGAAAAGAAGACCAUCUCAUUCAAUGGAUGUAUGACACAAGUCUUUGGGGAACAUUUCUUUGGAGGUUCUGAGAUCAUCCUGCUUACUGUGAUGGCCUAUGACCGCUAUGGGGCCAUAUGCAAGCUCUUGCACUAUACAACCAUCAUGAACCAACAGUUGUGUGGUCUUCUUGUGGGAGUGGCAUGGGUGGGAGGAUUUCUUCAUGCAAUUAUGCAGAUCCUUUCCAUGUUCCAAUUACCUUUCUGUGGCCCUAACAUCAUAGAUCACUUCAUGUGUGAUCUGAACCCUUUGCUCAAUCUUGCCUGCACUGACACCCACACUCUAGGACUUUUUGUAGCUGCCAACAGUGGGUUCCUCUGCAUGUUAAACUUCACCCUCUUGCUUGUCUCCUAUGUGCUCAUCCUGUGCUCUCUAAAGAACCACAGUUUGGAGGGGAGGCACAAAGCCCUGUCCACCUGUGUCUCCCAAAUCACAGUGGUCGUCAUGUUUUUUGUAUCUUGCAUAUUUGUGUACAUGAGACCUGCAGCUACUCUACCCAUUGACAAGGCAGUUGCCAUCUUCUACACUAUUGUAACCCCCUUGUUAAAUCCCUUAAUUUAUACCUUAAGAAAUGACCAGAUGAAAAAUGCUAUGAGAAAACUGUGCAGUAGGAAAGCUGUUUCAGGUUAA